AUGAAGGUUCAAGUUGGGGAUCAAGCGGUUACAGCAGAUGUAGAUACCGCAGCGCAGGUGACCAUUAUUUCAGAUAAGGUGUAUGACGCCCUGCAAAGGAAACCUAAGAGGCUACGCACAGUCCAGCUCAUGACAGCAGGCCGCAAGAUGGGCAUGAAGGGUUUUGUAGUGGGUCCAGUUAAACUGAAAAUAGGGGAGCAGUGGUACAGGGAGCAAUUAUAUGUAGCUCCGAUUGAACAAGAAAUGCUGCUGGGUUUCGACUUACUUCGUCGAUGGUCUGCCAUGUUAGACAUGGGCCGGGGCAUAUUGACGUUUGACAGCCAGGUUAUCAACUUAAAUGUUGGGGAGCGUGGUGAGGUACCAGAUGUUAAUCGGGUUACGGUUGCUAAGCGUCAGGUUAUUCCGCCAAGUACAGUCAUGAGGGUUAAAUGUAGCCUGGAUCAGAAAAUGCCAGACUAUGUUGUAGAGCCCGUUCAUAAUGUGAAAGUCCUUGUUCCACGGGUAGUCCGUGGUGCAGGGGCGGAGCCAUUGAUGUGUGUUAUGAACACCAGUGAUAGAUACCGGUUGCUUCGGAAGGGUAUGGAAAUUGGUAGAGCCUACCCAGUUGAUGGUUUCCUAGACAGCAACCAUGAUAGCUGUGAUGAAACACCGGGGGCGUGUGGGGUCACGGAGGGUUCACCGGAUAGUCCGGAUGAAUCCUAUACAUUGACCAAUGGUAUUCCAGUCCAUUUGCAGCAUGUGUAUUUGGACUCGAGCAAGCAUUUGAAUGAAGAUCAGAAAAUUCAGUUAGCGCAGCUGCUAAUUGAGUUUCAAGAUGUAUUUGCAAGGGAUGAGUUCGACUUAGGGAAGGUCACUAAGAUUGAACAUAGCAUUGACACGGAUGAUGCAAAGGCUGUUAGACAGCGUAUGCGUCGUACCCCAGCUACCUUUGUAGGGAAGGGAGAGGCCCACCUUGGGAAAAUGCUCAAGGCGGGUGUCAUACAAGAAUCAACUUCAGAGUGGGCUUCAGCACCGUUCCUGAUCCAGAAGCGUGAUGGAUCGGUCAGGUGGUGCAUCGAUAAUCGUUCCUUAAAUGACGUCACGCUUAAGGACGUAUUUCCGUUGCCCUUGGUAGAUGACUGCCUUGAUACUUUGGCUGGCAGUGUGUAG